CACACUAAAAGCAAACGUGAAAAAGUGAGAAACAUACGGUUUAGUUUUUUAUUAUGUACUAGGCAACGAUUGGGUUUGCUAAAUAAACUAUAUAUAAACGAGUCGAGAAUCGUGGAAAGGGAACCGUUAUAUUGCGCCAACGAAAGAGGAAGAGACAAACAAGUGAUUAACGAUAUCGGAAAAAGCAACGCAGCAAACAAAAGCAAAAGAGGAUAAAAACCGAGCGACAGAGAAACCAAAGAUACACAAUCCACAGACAGUUUGUCGGAAAUUCAAAAUUUCUAUUAAAAAUUCUUUGGAAUCGGAUUGGCAGUCGAGCCGAGCCCCGCAUCCCGCCGCCCCUCGCCGUCGCCAUGAACGCGCUGCUACGUCACAAGGGACGCAAUCUGCGAACGAGUCACUUGGCCCAGAAUGUCUACAAGCGCUAUCUCAAGUCGAGCUGCUGUGCGUGUAGCUCGGCUAACUUCACAGAUGACCCCACCAUAGAGGAUGAACGGCCACGGAGAUCCGCCUCGACUUCGGCGCUGGAGGUUGGCAGAUCGCUGGCCGCCAACCACCGGAGAUUCCAGCCCCAUGCCAGCUUUGGAUACCACUACUCGGGCCACGGAUUCAGGCAUCUGCACGCCAGCCGUACAAUGCUGGAGCAGUCCAGCUCUAAGAUCGAUGCGACCGUCAAGAAGCUGAAGAACCAGCAGAAGGAGAAGGUCGAGGAGAUCAUGAAGGAGGUGGCCAACGGUCAGGCGACGGCAGUGGGCACCAGCAGUGCAGCUACUGCCAGUGCCUCCUCGGAGAAGGGUCAAACGGCGAGUGCGGUGACUGGCUCCACAUCGGCGACCGCCUCGUCGACAUCUUUGGCCCAAUCUGCGGACAAGUCUGUGGGCAAGCCAAAGAAGCCGCUAAGCACACGCAUUUGGGACGAGCUGGUGCACUACUACCAUGGCUUCCGUCUGCUCUUUAUAGACGUGGCCAUCUGUUCGAAGCUUCUUUGGCGGGUUCUUAACGGCAAGACACUUACGCGGCGCGAGAACAAGCAGCUGCAGCGGACCACCUCGGAUUUGUUUCGCCUGAUCCCCUUCUCAGUGUUCAUCAUUGUGCCCUUCAUGGAGCUGUUGCUGCCGUUGUUCAUCAAGUUCUUUCCCGGCAUGCUGCCCUCCACGUUCCAGACCUCCACCGAUCGGCAGGAGAAACUGCGCCAGUCGCUGAACGUUCGCCUCGAGGUAGCCAAGUUCCUGCAGCAGACCCUCGACCAGAUGCCCGUCCAGCACAAGGAGCACAGCAGCGAGGAGGCCAAGCAGUUCGAGGCCUUCUUCACCAAGAUCCGCAACCCCACUGAGUCGGUGAGCAACGAUGAGAUUAUCAAGUUUGCCAAGCGAUUCGACGACGAGAUCACAUUGGAUUCUCUGUCGAGGGAGCAGUUGGCGGCGCUUUGCCGCGUUCUCGAACUGAACACCAUUGGUACCACCACGCUGCUGCGUUUCCAGCUGCGUCUGAAACUGCGGUCCCUGGCCACCGACGAUCGGGUGAUUGCCCGCGAGGGAGUUGACUCUCUGGACCUUCUGGAGCUGCAGCAGGCGUGCAAGGCGCGCGGAAUGCGCGCCUACGGCCUCACGGAAGAGCGACUGCGCUUCCAGCUGAAGGAGUGGAUCGACCUCUCGUUGAACGAGCAGGUGCCGCCCACGCUGCUGCUCCUCUCGCGAACCAUGCUCAUUUCCGACGACAGCAUCACCACCGACAAGCUUAAGGAGACGAUGCGUGUGCUGCCGGAUGCAGUGGGCGCCCACACGCGUCACGCCAUCGGCGAGAGCGAAGGCAAGGUGGACAACAAGACCAAGAUCGAGAUCAUCAAGGAAGAGGAGCGGAAGAUUCGCGAGGAGCGCGAAGAGGAACAGGAGGAGACCAUCGCCAAGCGAACGGCCAUCAAGGAGGAGCAUCCCGCCCCUUAUGUCUUCGCCGAGAAGCUGGCUAGUGCUAAGAACCUACUGACCCGCAAGGAGCAGCCUUCGGCGACUGAGGCGGACAAGAGCAUUUCGUCCACGGAUGUGCAACUGCUUUCCGAUGCCCUUAAGACCCUGUCGUCCGACAAACAGUUGGUGGUGGAGAAAGAAACGAUCAAGGAGCUGAAGGAGGAGCUGGCCGACUACAAGGAGGAUGUGGAGGAGCUGCGCGAGGUGCGCCAGGUGGUCAAGGAGCCGGUGCGCGAGAGUCGCGCGGCCAAGCUGCUGUACAACCGGGUCAACAAGAUGAUCUCCCAACUGGACAAUGUGCUUAACGACCUGGAGGCCAGACAGCACCAGAUCAAGCAAGCGGACUCCAGUGAGUACGUGGCAGCCAAUGCGGCUGUCGAGCCGCAGCAAAUGGUGCACAUCGACGAGCUGGUCUCCACUAUUCGACGCAUGAAGGAGUCCUCCGACGAGGAGCGCUUCAAGGUUGUCAACGAUCUGCUGGUCAAGCUCGAUGCGGACAAGGACGGCAUCAUAUCGGUGCAGGAGAUUACCAAGGCCGUGCAGAGCAUCGACAGUGAGGCCACCAAGAUCGACAAAAAGCAGCUGGAGGAGUUCACCGAGCUGCUCUCCAAGCAGGCUACCCGGCGGCGCAACGAGGAGAUCGUGCGCAUCGACGACUUGAUGAACAACAUUAAGGUGCUGAAGGAAACCAGCGACGAGGCGCGUCUCAAGCACAUCGAAGCUGUGCUGGAAAAGUUCGACGCCGACAAAGAUGGCGUGGUUACCGUAAACGAUAUUCGCAAGGUUAUGGAGUCCAUCGGUCGCGACAACAUCAAGUUGAGCGAGAAGGCCAUCGAGGAGCUCAUCAGCCUCCUGGACAAGGAGCAAGUGCUGCAGGCUGAGCAGAAGAUUGAAAAGGCCAUUGCCAAGAGCAUGAAGGAGGCUGAGAAACUGAAGUCGGAGGUGGACAAGGUAGAAAAGCACCUGUCCAAGCUUGUGAAUAAUAUUCACGACUCUGCCAAGGAGAUCCAGGACAUUGCCAACGAAAUGCGCGAUAAGGAGGAAACAGAACCCGACAAGGCCAAGGAAUUAAAGGCAGAGCCUGAAUUCAAAGACACGGCCAAAACCUUGAAGGACAACGCCAAGGAACUAAACGAGAUAACACCGAAGGACACCAAGGACUCCAAACCGCCAACGAAGGCUUCAGCGGGCUCAGGGCCAACAGGAAAGUCCGGAGGUGAUGCCAGCAGUGGAGGAGGCGGUGGAGGUAUUACCCCAGGAACCACGACAGAAUCGGUGCUCCGAGAAGCGGCCGAGCGGCAAAUGGAAAAGAUUCUGCCCUCCACGGAAAUUGGCCUGCCGCCUACGAUACAAACCCCACCGCAGCCACCGACGGCGAAGAAAGCGACCGCGACGGCAUCGACGGCAUCCACGACGAUUACGGCCAAGAAGCUGCUCUGACCGGCCAAAGAGUCAAAGGAGGGUGUGGCUGAGACGACUCCUAAGCAUGUUCCGAAGCCGAAGUGAUGUGAUGGUUUAGGAGCGGAGAAGAGGUGCUGCUCGUGCCUCCCUCCCUUGUUGUUCCGACUAUGCAAAGAAUUAAUUGUUACCACUUAACAUAAUCGUAGGGAGAAAAUCGAAAGGAAAGCGACUGUGUAUUUAACUUAUUCCGCGAUCCUAAGACAGGAUUGGGAGUUGUGCUAUACUUAACGCGUGGCUGUAGUACGGUAUUUUCUCUGAGUAAGGCACAAAUAAGAAACUAAUAGAAAUACAUAAGAAUAUAACCACUUAACCGAUGUAUCUUCAUUUCACGAACCCACAGCUACUUCCGCGACAUGUGUAACGUACCUCCCAUUUAUUUGGCCCAAAACAAUAUUAGCGAAGCGAUUGUGAUCAUUAGGCGAACUGUUAAUUUACGAUUUAAACCCUACAUCAAUUGAUGUGUAUUUACUGCAAGAAUAUUAAUUUAGCCGACCGGUUUUGGCAUUACCGAAGGAGACGACGAGAUAUUGAAGUUUAAUUGAAACCACGUGAUAGCUCUAAACAAUAAUGUGUGUGCUUGAGUUAGCUAAAGAGAAUUUGUAAAAGUGUUUCGCAAUAAAAGUUAGUAUACAAAACAA